UCUCGGAUCGUUCAAUACUGCAAGAGAGGCGCAUGAUUCUGAAUACACGUGUCUGACAUCGUGAUACGAGCUGGUGCAGUACGUGCUCGAAAGUAGACUGAAGUCUGGACUAAAGCAGUUUAAAACAGAGGAGUAGUUAAAUAACGCAUGUGGUGUUAGGUUACCUACGGCUUUCUAGAAAAAUAAAGGAAACGAUUCAUUUUACUUGUUGAUACAAAGAAAGAAACUGAGCAUUGGAAUUUAUGAAAUGGUCUGAAGAUAAAAAGAAAAUUAACAUAAGCCACGAAUUAUGCUGUCAUAAGGUUGAAGAUCUUUAGUUCAGAUUUAUAAUGAUAAUAAUAAUAAUAAUGAAAAACUUGGAACUUAAAAGUGUGUUUUGAAAGAGAAUCCAUAAAAAUAUAUUUAUUCAAAAUGUCAUCUAAAGAUUACAUAGAGCUGAUUUCUUCCAAAAUCCCACGGCGGAAAUAUCUUCGUGGAGGUGAAAAAGUUUGUGAAGUGUGUUAUAAGCAAACAAAAAGUCCUUCUGAUUUAGAAAGACACAUGCGAAUCCAUACAGGGGAAAAACCAUUUUUCUGCUUAGAAUGCAAAAAAACAUUUAAAUCCAAGAGAAGUCAGGAAAGUCACCAGUUUAUCUGUCAUGGGAUCACACAUGGGAUGUCUGCAACCAGGAUUGCUCUACUUAGCAACCAACAAAGAAAACAAAUCAGUUACCAACAUGCUGAGAAUGAUGUUAGUGAUGAAUGUACGGUUUUCUGUCCAUCAGUGUUGGCUAAAAGUAACACCAUAGAGGAAAAUGUGGAAUUUAAAAAUACUUGUACUUCAAAUGAAUCAUGUGCAACUAUUUCAAAAGCUAUGAAAGGGGAAAUGUCAAAGCAUGCAGAAGAAUUGGAACAUUUAACUGCAAAAGACCAGAGUUUAAUGCUUGAAGUAAAUACAAGAAUUACUUCAUCUUUACCUCAAGGUAUAAAUGAAAGUAAUCAUGCCACUGUACAAACAGAAGAAUCAGAGAGUGAUAAUUCUCUGAUGUAUGGAAUUUCAGUUGGUGAUGAUACUAUGAAAAAAACUGAGAAAAAGGAACUUGGAGUCUUAGAAAAAUAUCACAAUAAAUUUCAUGAUGAUGGCAUAGCAUUCUCUGGUGAUUCAGCAGUCACUUUAGAUCAUCCACAUCAAACAAUCCUUAAUCCUUAUGUUUGUGACAUUUGCCACAGAGAUUUUAAGUCUGCUUACAGUCUUAAUUACCAUUUAAGAGCAGCUCAUGGUAGAAUGGUGGAACUAAUUCCUGCUCUUGAAAUGCGAUUGGCAAAAAGGAAAAGGUGUAGAUCCCUGACAUCACAACACAUUUUGCAAUCAAAAAUGAAUACUGAAAUAUCUGUAAAGCAUAAUGAACUUCAAGUAUUGCCUUCAUUCUCUCACAGUAACAAUAUUAUUAAAACUGUUAGUAGUUCGGUUGUAUCUGCACCAACUUUUACUUAUGGUACUGGUUGUUACAAUAAGGUAAAUUGCAAAGAUUUUUUAGAUCAACAGAAUUCAACAGACUUUAACCACAACCAAACAACUGAUAUAGUUAGUGGUCAUCUCACAUCUCCUUACAGCAGCUCACAAAGCUUUGAUGAAGAUAAUGAAAAACAGGACCGAGUUUCUGGAUCAUUGCAGAUUUUAUUGCCCAAUUUUUUACUAAGUGGUGGUGUCAUGACCAGAGAUUCAGCAACAGUAUGGCAAACAGUGACAAUCCAAACAGAAACUCCUGUUGCUAGCAAACUUGAAGGAGUUCAUUCAAACACAGGGCAGCGAUUUGCUCUCUAUAAGUGCUGUCUUUGUGGAGAUGCUUUUCCUGGACUAAGACUGUUAUGCUCUCAUCUAGCUGUCCAUAAUCAGACAAGUAAAGAUUAUGAUUGUGAGAAGUGUGGUGCAGUAUUCAAGUGGCGAAGUGAAUUUGACAUUCAUCAACGUGUGCAUCGGGUGACUGAUAACAGAACUACACCAACCCUAACAGACAGUAGUCAGACAAGAGGAUUAGCCUCAUACACUGAUGAAUUAUAUGAUUCUGUCACAAACAUAGCAUCAUCUGUCUCAGUUACGGAUGAUCAUAUUCCAAACAUUGCUAGGUGUUCACAGAUAGCUACUAACUCUGAUGUUGAUUUGUGCACUUCAACAGUUACAUCCAAUUCCAGUGCUGAAGACAAGAAAGCACUAAUACCAGAUGAUUCAUCAAAAGCAAAGGAUCCAAAACUCGUUAAGUCUGUAUUUCAAUGUAGAUACUGCCCAAAGUCCUUUGAUCGUGUUUUCUCAAUGCAGAGACAUGAACGAAUCCAUACAGGUGUGAAGCCAUGCUACUGCAAAGAAUGUGGUCGAGGGUUUAGUGAAAAGCGCAACUUGAGGCACCAUAUAAUUCGUUUCCAUUCAGAAAGUAACCAGAAAGAAAUUCUUCGAAGAGGCCGAGGAAAAUCACGUGAAAAAUGCAGUAAUAACUCAUUAAAACGUGUUUCAUUCCUUAAGAAAGCUGCAGUUAGAAUUCUAAAUUCUGUGGAUCAGCAAAAAAUAGAAUCAUCUAUAACAACAAUUGGAUCCCAUGGUAGUUCAGAUCCAUCUCAAGAGAAUAUUACAUGCCCUAAAUCAAGAAGAUAUACAGAACCGAAAGGUAGUUCAGAGCAAAGUUUUAUCUGUAAAAAAGAAACAAUAAGUAUGUGUGAAAAUAAUAACUUUCAGUCUGACCUAAAUAUAAACUUUAUAGAGAAAACACUGGAAUCCUUUACUCCUAAUCAUUCAAUACUACUAUUUGAUCAGAACAAAAAUGAUGGAUAUUCAAACACUAUUCAAGAAAAAUCAGAUACUCCAUACAGCUCACAUGAACUAAAUGAGAAGGAACUUCUUAAGGAUCCAAAACGGUCUUUGAUUGGAAACCGACGAAAAAAACAUCCACUUCGUCUACUGAGAAACCAAGCUGAUCUUAAACAUGGUAGUCAACAUAUUGAAAUAACAUCUCAACCGAAGAUAGAAAAUUACAACAUGACAACAGAAGCAGAUAGCAAGCAAGACAUGAAACAGUCAUCACCUUUGGAGUCAAUAACUGAUGUGGGAAUGAAAGCUGAAAACUGUGGUGCUCAAGUUAACAGUAAUUUAGCAGGACAGCAUGGAGCAUUUUUCUCUAGCUAUAAUCCAAGGCUAGGGGUAAUAAAUAAACCUAUAGUAAGAACCAAAGCAUGUAAUCCACAGAUUGGACCAGAUGGAAAGUUUGUUUACCCAUGUAGCUACUGUCAUAAGACUUUCUGCUCAACCUCAGAUUUAAACCGACACAUGGAUUUCCAUGAAGACAUUCGUCCCUUCAAGUGCCCUUACUGCACAUAUUGCAGCAGAACCAACAGUCAACUGAAAGUGCAUAUGAUGAGGCAUCAAGGUAUAAAAGAACACCUUUGUCGAACUUGUAACUACAAUGGAGUGACACGUUCUGAUUUAAACAGGCACUGCAAGACUCGAGCCCACAUCCUUCGUGCACAACACAUAUGCUUAAACUGUGGACUUGGGUUCUACUCUACAGCUCUUCUUCAAGAACAUGUGGCCUUGUUCCACAGCUAUAAAGAAGCUUUACAUAAUAAUGAUGGACAUAAUUCAUCCAAAUCUCAAGAGCCAAAAGUGUUAACUGAUCAAACUUAGCUUCAAAGAAGAAAUGGGCAGUAUUAAACAGGUGUUUAUUUUAUUUUUUUUAAAUUCUGCCCACAACUAAAUCCUCUUCUUUUAAGUGUUAAUUGUUUUAUAUUCACCAUUUUAAUGAACUCUUACAUACAGGCUAGAGUUAUGUUUAGAAAAGAAGAUUUCACUUCAUGUCAGUUUUUUUCUAUAUCUACAUUUGUUAAAAAUCCAUUUGAUGCCACUUAAAACACAUGUUUUUGUCUAGUUUAUGUACAUAAGAAAUUUGUUUAUAUCACUGGUACAAAAUGUAAGCUGUCCUAACAAAUUACAUGCAAAUAAUGCAUUUCUUUAAGUGUGAGUGUAUAACAAAAAUGUGCAGUAUAACUAUCAUCAUAAGUAGUAAGUACAACUAGGGUUUAUCACAGAGUUUUUCAGGAACACAGUUGUCAGUGGCAUCCACAUCGCUCAUCAUAGCUAGUCAAUCCUCCCAUAAACAAGAAUUGUUCCAUGUAGUGUUGACCUUCAUAUUUGAUUAUAAUAAACCAAGUACCUUGAGACAUGAAAGAGAAAAACAAUAUUCAUACAACAAUAUUUACUUUUUGUAUUGUAUUAGAUAGCACACUGGUUACUAAACAUAUGCAGAAAGGGUCUUUUUCCUUUGUGGUUGAUUGAAAGGUACAAUUACUUUAUAGUUCUUAAAUACAAGCAGGUACUUCAGAUUAAUAUAUUUUAAUUUACAAUAAACGUUACUCUUGUACUGAAUGAUAUUCACACAAUAACCCCAAAACAUAUAUUAAUAGACUUUAAUUUUGUAAAAAGUAAAUACUUUGAUCUAUGAACUGUCUUACUGUAAUAUAUUUCACAAAAGCUUGAACUAAGUCACAUAGAACUGUAAGGAAAUAAACUUAAAACUCUGGAAAUUUUUCAGGUUAAUAUCUUUUAUGUGUGCUAGAAUCUUUAGAAGUUUUAUGGCCUGAAAAUAUUGGUUUCUUCCUUAUUAGAAGUAGAAAAGGCUUAAACACAUAUUGAAACAUAAUCUAUAGCUGUAUACAGCUCUGACAGCUAGUAACUAAUUUGCUGUACAAGUCUAUACUUGUUAUAAUACGCAUUGCCCCCCAGUGGCACAGCGGUAUGUCUGCGGACUUACAACGCUAGAAACCGGGUUUCGAUAUCCGUGGUGGGCAGAGCACAGAUAGCCCAUUGUGUAGCUUUGUGCUUAAGAACAAACAAACAAUAAUACGCAUUACUAUGUCUUUAGCUAUUACUUAAUAUUAGAUGAGAAUCUGAGUUAUAUCAUAAAAACUAUAAAAUUCUGAAAACAUAAAACUCUCAUAUGGGCAAAAACAUAGUUUAGAGAUUUUGAAAAGAAAAGCUAUAGUAGAGGUCUUCAUAAUUAAAAUAGGCUUAACUUCCCUUUACUGUAUACAUGUUGUAGCACUGUUAAUUCUCUUCAAAAUGUUAAGGUUUAAAAGACUACUUCAGAUUAUAAACU